AUGGUCACACCGGCAAUCCUGGACCGUGCGAGGCAAAUCAGGAUAGGCUCUGUCAACAGUUCCGCGAUGAACGUAGAUGCCGCGAUCGCGAUCUCGUCCCAAACUUCAGUAGAGAUAGUCGAUUCUUCCGUCCCUCUGUUGGAGGCCAGGAGCACUUCACUGCCCGCGUUGCUUAUAUUCACGGGAAUUAGGGUGCUACAGCUGAAUAUGAGGCGUUCGGCUGUUGCGACAGGGGAGGAUCUCCACGUCCGGAAGCAGGGCAGUGGGUACGCCUUCAUCGGGCUAGGGACUGAAAUGAGGGUGGCAGCUGUGUGCGCGCAACUUCUUUGGGCCGCAGUAGUCGCUUGUAAUCCCGAAUUCCAGAUAAUGCUUAUCUCGCAGAUCAACACGACGCACUGCGCAUGUGCGGAAUUGCGAGCACCCGGCUUUUCCUUCUACGUCGCAUCGUGCUGUUUUCAGUUUAGCGAUGAGAUAGAGGGACACCUCAGGAACCUCGAAAAGGUGCUUCGUUCACUGAGGGGGCAGAGAGUUUUAGUAGGAAUGGAUGCCAAUGCGCAAUCCCUUCUCCGGGGUGAUCGUAAAUUGGACGAUAUAGGAGCGAUGCUCCAGGACUUUAUCCGGGCUUGCGGAUACAAAGUCCUUAAUGUUGUCGGACAGCCAUUUACCUACUGGACGUCAUGGGGAUUGUCGCACAUCGACGUGACCCUGUUGUCCCCAUCCAUGAGCUAUGACCACAAUUCCCUGGACAUUAGACUGAGGGUGCAAAAAGUCAGAGACAGGGAGCAGCGAACUACGAAAACUCGGUUCGACACCAAUCGGGAGGACUGGGAGAAGUUCGUUGAGAGCCUCGUCGAUCUGUCUGUAUCGAGAUUUAAGAUCCUUGGUUUGACGUUGGCGGAGGACGCGGUGAAGUUCGCGGAUGCUUUUGCGGGCUCCUUUAUGGACGCCUGUCAGAAGCAGGAAAGUGUUGAACCGAUCCGCUCCGCCAAACUGCGUGUCUACCGCUCUUCUUUGCGGGAGUACACCAGGGAGGCGAGGAAGGCGAGACUCGGAACCUGGCGGAAAUUUGUCACGGAGCAAGGCAACCCGAAGCCCUGGGGACUUGUUUAUAAGCAUCAGGCUAAUAAACUCCGGGUUGACAAAGUGCUGAGCAUUCUCCGUGGCGGAAAAUCCUCGAUCGCCACUUUAGAGGAGACCGCUGCUCACCCGCUCGUCGUGCAGUUGCCGGAUGACCGGGAGAACGAAGACACGCUGCAGCAGCGCGAAGUCAGAGAUAGCGCACACCAUGUGCUUGACACUGCCAAUGACCCUCUAUUCACGGGUGCAGAAAUUGCAGCAGCAGUCAGAUCUCUGGCAAACAACAAGGCGCCAAGCCUGGAUCUCAUCAAGGUCUCUGUACUGAAGGCCGCCUACAAGGCUGUCGCCGGUCAGUUCAUUAGGCUUUUCAAUGGGUGCCUUCAGUGUGGCGUCUUCUUCUCGAUCUGA